AUGCCCGCUAAUCCUCUUGAAAGGGAGGAACGCCUUCGGGCGUGGGACACAUGUGGUGCAUGGCUGUCGUCAGCUCGUGCCACUGCCGGUGAUAAGCCGGAGGAAGGUGAGGAUAACGUCAAGUCAUCAUGCUCCGGAUACCCUGGGCGACACGCGUGCUACAAUGGCCGGGACAAAGGGUCGCGAUCCCGCGAGGGUGAGCUAACCCCAAAAACCCGGCCUCAGUUCGGAUUGCAGGCUGCAACUCGCCUGCAUGAAGUCGGAAUCGCUAGUAACCGCCGGUCAGCCAUACGGCGGUGA